CAGCCAUCAUGGCUUUGAACCCCGAAGACUCCAGUGGUGGGUUCCAGCAUCACAUGGUCGUGGCUUUCAUCAACGAGAAAAUGGCCAGGCACGCGAAAGGCCCUGAGUUCUACCUGGAUAAUAUAAUCCUGUCCUGGGAGGAGGUGGAGGACAAGCUCAGGGUCAUCCUGGAGACCAGUGAGGUGCCCAGCGAGGCCAAAGAGGCCUGUGCCUGGGGCAGCCUGGCCCUGGGCGUGCCCUUUGCCCGCAGGCAGGGCCAGUUACACGGGCGCAGGGUGCAGUGGCUGCACGACUUCGCCAAACUGCACAAGUCGGCCGCACAGGCUUUGGCCUCAGACCUGAAGUUGCUCACGUCGCAACUGGAGAUGGAGCGCAAGGAGGCGGCCUUCCGCCUGCAGCUGGCCCACACCAGCCUGGCCGAGGUGCAGAAAGAACGGGACCUCCUGAGGGCUCAGCCAGAGCCAGUUGCAGAGGGACCAGGCCUGGCCACUGCCGCUGGCGCUGGAACUGAAGGAGCAGGUGAGGAGAGAGAGGAGGCCAGCACCGCAGCUACUACUGCUACUGCUUUCGGCGCCGCAGGAGGCGGAGGAAGUCACAAGGAUGCGGAGAGGGCGGAAACAGAGGAGCUGAGUGAAGACCUUAACCUUAUGCAGCUUCUCGGAGCUGUGGACCAGAAAGAUUACACUUCUGGCAGGCAGAGGGAGGGAGAUCUCGGGUCAACAGACACAGCCAUGUUUUAUUUCCCCGAGACCCUCAAGCCCGAGCCCACAAGAGACAGGAGAGACUCUGAUCCCCAUCAGCAGAGAAGACCUCCAGUAUUUCGCAGGCCAGGGGACUGGGACUGCCCUUGGUGUAAAGCUGUGAAUUUUUCACGGAGGGAAGUUUGCUUCUGCUGUGGGAGGGGUAUCUGGCUGCAAACCCCUCAGUGA